GGGCGGAGGAAGAGGAGGAGGAGGAGGGAGCGCGGCAGCGCUGCGGAGCGUAUCAGCCGGUGCUGGACUAUGGUGCGGCUCGGCGGGGGCUGACACGCCGGCACCCCGCCCGCCUUCCCUCCCUGCCGGCUGACAGGCACGUGUGGGAUGUGAGACCUGCCCUCGCCGGGGGAGCAUGAGCUGUGCCCAGGCCGGCAUUGUCCAGGCCCUCAGGAUUAUUCUGGAAGCUUUUGGACUCUGAUGAAGGCAGAAUGUGGAAAUGAGCUGUGAUGGCCUGCUUCACCAGCCAAGAAUCUGUACCAAAACAGGUUCCUGGGCCUGGCAGCCAUGGCAUCUCCGUCUAGGAACUCACAAAAUCGGCGCCGGUGCAAAGAGCCUCUCAGAUACAGCUAUAACCCUGAUCAGUUCCAUAACGUGGACAUCAGGAACAAUUCCCAUGAGACGGUCACCAUUCCUAGGUCUACCAGUGACACAGACCUUGUCACUUCAGACAGCCGGUCCACCCUGAUGGUCAGCAGCUCCUACUACUCCAUCGGGCAUUCGCAGGACCUAGUGAUAUACUGGGAUAUAAAAGAGGAAGUGGAUGCAGGGGACUGGAUUGGCAUGUAUCUCAUAGAUGAGGUCUUGUCUGAAAACUUUUUGGACUACAAGAACCGUGGUGUCAAUGGCUCUCACCGUGGUCAAAUUAUCUGGAAGAUUGAUGCCAGCUCUUACUUUGUGGAGCCUGAAACAAAGAUCUGCUUCAAGUACUACCAUGGCGUGAGUGGGGCGCUACGAGCCACAACUCCGAGUAUCACAGUGAAAAACAACGCAGCUCCUCAGAUUUUUAAAAGCAUCACCAAUGAAGACUCAAUCCAGGGACAAGGAAGUCGGAGACUGAUAAGCUUUUCAUUGUCAGAUUUCCAGGCUUUUGGUCUGAAGAAAGGGAUGUUCUUCAAYCCAGAUCCUUAUCUGAAGAUUUCCAUCCAGCCUGGAAAACAUAGCAUCUUCCCAGCACUUCCUCAUCAUGGACAGGAGAAAAGAUCUAAGAUCAUUUGUAACACCGUUAACCCAAUCUGGCAAGGAGAGCAAUUCAGCUUUGUCUCCCUGCCCACGGAUGUCCUGGAAAUAGAAGUUAAAGACAAAUUUGCAAAGAGCCGACCGAUCAUCAAACGUUUUCUGGGAAAACUCUCUAUGCCGGUUCAGCGCCUCUUGGAGAGACAUGCCAUAGGGGACAGGGUUGUAAGCUACACUCUGGGUCGCAGACUUCCUACAGAUCAUGUCAGUGGCCAGCUGCAGUUCCGAUUUGAGAUAACUUCUUCCAUCCAUCCAGAUGAUGAAGAGGUCUCCAUUAGUGCAGAUCCUGAGCCAGCUGACCUCCGGGAAAGCCCUGUGAACAACCCCACAGAGGAAAGCCUCGGUGAGCCUCCAUGCAUCAACACAGUGACCUCAGAAAGUGCAGCUCCAGAACAGCUAAAUGGAUACAGUGUGAACAGUGUCGAUAGCCCAGGGGCUGUCAAACCACCUGGGGAAGUCAACCAGAGCAGCUUAAAUGAAGAGCUGGCAGGAGAUGGUGAGGUUGAUGCGGUGCCAGUCCCCGAACCCUCGGAAUCCAUCCCAGGAGAAGUGCUGCCUUCUUUGAGUACUACGGACCUCAUGGAGCAGUCGGAUAUGAUGGCUUGCAUGUCUCCUCCUGAGACCGAAGUUAGGGAAAAUAAAGUCAAUUCUGGUGUUGAGGGAGAUGGUGGAGUCUUGACCAGCAUAGAAACAGUAGAUAUUGAUGAGGUGAGUGCAGAUGUGCAUACUGGCAAGGACCUAGAGAAGAGUCAGGAAGAAGAAGGGGCUUCAGCCCAGGASGACGAAGACAACAAGCUACAACUGAGGACCACAGCAAAGAGGAAAAAUAGGCCAUGCUCCCUGCCUGUGUCUGAACUUGAGACAGUCAUAGCUUCAGCUUGUGGUGAGCCAGAGACCCCUCGCACACACUACAUACGGAUCCACAACCUGCUCCACAGUCUGCCCUCAGCACAGAUGAGUAGUGAUGGGGAGGAAGAGCAAGAUGGUGGCAAUGGCGGGGAGAACGAUGAGGAGUCUACUGUCAAGGAGGUGUUGGAUAAGGAGGUGGUCAGCGAGAGUGAGACUGUGGCAGCAGAGCCUCCUCCAGAAAAUGAGGCUGAAGAGAACUUCAGCCAGAGCACGGUGCCUCCAGGGACCUUGGAUGAGCAACUCUCCGACUUGAAUGAUGGGCUGUUGGAUGGGGAACCUCCCAGGACAGGAAGUGAGAGCGAGUCAAGCUCCAGGCCACAUGGUGACAACGAAUGUGAGGCGUGUGACACCUCUUGCUACAGCUCCUCUUGCUACAGCACCUCCUGCUACAGCACCUCUUGUUACAGCACUUCAUGCUACAGCACCUCCUGCUACGACAGUAACAAUCGCUUCUCCAGCCACACGCGCUUCUCCUCCGUCGACAGCGCUAAGAUUUCUGAGAGCACAGUCUUUUCCUCACAGGAUGAUGAUGAGGAGGAGAACAGUGCUUUUGAGUCAGUGCCAGAUUCAGUGCAGAGCCCUGAGCUGGACAGGGAGCAAGUGGAUGGCUCCUCCCAGUGGCCAGAUGAACUAGUAGCUCAUGGUGGGAAUCCACAGAGAGCCACAGAGGGUCUAGACACCCCAGUAGCAGGUCCAAGCAGCAGAAGAGAAGGUGAUUGUCCUUUACUCCAUAAUUCUCAGCCAGUCAGCCAGCUUCCUUCUCUGAGGCCUGACCAUCAUCACUACCCAACUAUCGAUGAGCCUCUUCCACCAAAUUGGGAAGCUCGGAUAGACAGCCACGGGAGAGUGUUCUACGUGGAUCAUGUCAACCGCACCACCACGUGGCAGCGCCCCACGGCUGCAGCGACRCCCGACGGGAUCCACAGGUCUGGCUCCAUCCAGCAAAUGGAGCAGCUGAACCGCCGGUACCAAAACAUCCAGCGAACCAUUGCAACAGAGAGGACUGAAGAUGAUGCUGUGGUAAACAACAGGGUGGAGAGAGUUCCCACUGGAGGAGCAAGUGACUCUGAGACAGAGCCUUCCCAGCCAAGCCCAGAGAUUAGGAGGGAAGGUUCCCUCUCYCCCGUGAAUUCUCAAAAAAUCACCUUGUUGCUGCAGUCUCCAGCUGUGAAGUUCAUCACCAAUCCUGAGUUCUUCACUGUGCUGCAUGCGAACUAUAGUGCCUAUCGAGUCUUCACCAACAGUACCUGCUUGAAGCAUAUGAUUCUGAAGAUUCGCAGAGAUGCUCGUAAUUUUGAGCGGUAUCAGCACAACAGAGACCUGGUAAAUUUUAUCAACAUGUUUGCAGAUACCCGACUGGAGCUUCCUCGUGGCUGGGAGAUUAAAACUGACCAGCAGGGCAAGUCUUUCUUCGUUGACCACAAUAGCCGUGCUACCACCUUCAUAGAUCCCAGGAUCCCUCUGCAGAGCGGGCGUCUCCCAAAUCACCUGACUCACCGGCAACAUCUGCAGCGACUUCGUAGCUACAGUGCUGGAGAGGCYUCUGAAGUCUCUCGAAACAGAGGAGUGACUCUGUUGGCCAGACCAGGCAAUAGUCUCAUAACAGCAAUUCGAAACCAGCACCAUCAGGAGGCAUUACCUCUGGCUUACAAUGACAAGAUYGUUGCAUUUCUACGCCAACCCAAYAUUUUUGAGAUGCUGCAGGAGCGUCAGCCCAGCUUGGCCAGAAAUCAUGCACUCAGGGAGAAGAUCCAUUACAUUCGGACAGAGGGUACACAUGGGCUUGAAAAGUUGUCAUGUGAUGCAGAUUUAGUAAUUCUGCUGAGCCUUUUUGAAGAGGAUAUAAUGUCCUACAUACCACUGCAGGCUGCCUUCCAUCCUGGUUACAGUUUUUCUCCUCGCUGCUCACCCUGUUCAUCACCCCAAAACUCCCCAGGGCUGCAGCGAGCAAGCGCAAGAGCACCUUCUCCAUACAGGAGGGACUUUGAAGCCAAGCUGCGCAAUUUCUAUCGRAAACUUGAAGCCAAAGGGUAUGGGCAAGGUCCAGGGAAAAUUAAGUUAAUCAUACGGCGUGACCACUUGCUGGAAGGCACCUUCAACCAGGUAAUGGCGUAUUCACGCAAGGAGCUCCAGCGGAACAAACUCUACGUCACGUUUGUCGGCGAGGAAGGGUUGGACUACAGCGGCCCCUCCCGAGAAUUCUUUUUCCUUCUGUCUCAGGAGCUCUUCAAUCCCUAUUAUGGGCUGUUUGAGUAUUCAGCCAACGACACCUACACUGUACAGAUCAGCCCCAUGUCUGCCUUUGUUGAAAAUCACCUGGAAUGGUUCAGGUUCAGCGGUCGUAUUCUUGGCCUUGCUCUCAUUCAUCAGUACCUUCUUGAUGCUUUCUUCACAAGGCCGUUCUACAAAGCACUACUAAGGCUGCCAUGUGAUUUAAGUGACUUAGAGUACCUGGAUGAAGAGUUCCACCAGAGCUUGCAGUGGAUGAAAGAUAACAAYAUCACAGAUAUCCUGGAUCUAACCUUCACGGUGAACGAGGAGGUGUUUGGACAGGUGACAGAGAGAGAGUUGAAAUCUGGAGGGGCAAAUACAGCGGUGACAGAAAAGAACAAAAAAGAGUACAUUGAGAGAAUGGUUAAGUGGCGAGUGGAACGAGGAGUGGUUCAGCAAACAGAGGCCCUGGUCCGUGGCUUCUACGAAGUUGUAGACUCCAGGCUUGUCUCUGUUUUUGAUGCGAGAGAACUGGAGCUAGUUAUAGCUGGCACUGCAGAAAUAGAUCUCAAUGACUGGCGGAACAACACAGAAUAUCGUGGAGGUUACCAUGAUGGACACAUAGUGAUACGGUGGUUCUGGGCAGCUGUGGAGAGGUUUAACAACGAGCAGAGGCUGCGGUUGUUGCARUUUGUCACAGGAACGUCCAGUGUGCCAUACGAGGGCUUUGCCGCUCUCCGAGGGAGCAACGGCCUACGGCGCUUCUGUAUAGAGAAAUGGGGGAAAAUAACCUCCCUCCCAAGGGCACACACGUGUUUCAACCGUUUGGAUCUUCCACCUUACCCCUCAUAUUCUAUGCUGUAUGAAAAGCUGCUGACAGCUGUUGAAGAAACUAGCACCUUCGGACUUGAAUGAGGGAAUUCAGRCACUUCUGGUGUUUUUAUGGCUGAUGUCACCUUUCCUGUCCACCAUCAUUUGAUCUUGGUUUCCCAUGUUUUUAUUUUUGAAAACAAAACAAAAAUCAAGAUUAACAAAAGCUGUGCAUGAAGAACUGCCGCCCUCUACAAUCUAACCUUCAUGCUUUCAUCCUCUAUUUCCAAUGGACUGCUAGUCUGUAUGCAAUAGAAAAACAACUGUCUCAAGGUUUCUGUAUAUCUCUACAUACCUCCAUUAAUAAAAAUGAAAAUACAAAUGCAAGUUACACUACACUUGACCAAAUGUUGAUAAAUAUUUACUUCCAUCUACGUUGAUUAAAAAAUUAAAAAAACCUCAUCAAGCAUCCCAAGCUUUUAUAUACCCGUAUCUUCUAAAUUAAUUCACAGCCCAUCUUACUUCUUAAUCGUUGAAUCCAGUACUAGGAGCUGGUCAAAUGUAUCAUCAUCCAUCCUUAUUUUCUCUGUAUGUAUUGUCCAUCUGAGAGACGCCUAUGAGCAAAACUGAAAUUUUUAUAUAUGAACUCAUGAUCCACAUCAGUUGCAUCAGCUGGAACUGGCCCAGAUACAUGGUGCAGAUAAGACCUUCAACAACUAAAAAAGAACCAACCUGUAAUGCAAUGCAAAGCAUAAUGGCGAUUGUUAUGAUUGUUGCUUGCCAGUACUGGAGAGAACUUGCACUUCAGAGCUGUUGGGAGGGGCAUCUCCAUUGUAAUGUUUACCACACAAGAAGCACAAGGUUGUGCAYACUCAAGAAGGAUGUUUUAUUAUGUAGCAUAAAGGACAAGGUUCCCUAAUGUUCUACUCUUAUGAAGACCGUUGAGUUCUGUUUGCCAGAUYUUUGUUUUCUGAUGUUUAAAAUGUCCCUUUCCAAAUGACAAGUCUAGACAAUCCCAUCCCCUGUGUCAGAGGCCAUUUCUUUUCUGUUGGGUUGGGCUAAUCUAUGGUUGCUGGGGGCGGUUUUCAGUUCUGUCAUUUCUCUUUUUUUUGUUCAGUGGAAUAGUCCAUAUCCACAAGAGGGGCUGGUUGUAGACAGAAUGUCUUUGUCUGGAGUCUGUCAAAUGAGAAGCUGCAGUGAAUGAGGGUAUUUGUCAGGGAACUAACUCUUUGCGGGUUAGGAUUUUGCUGCACAUCCUCUUGGAGGAAGCCCAAAGGCCCUCCAGUCAUACUAGGUAUCACUAAACUAAAGAUCUUGCUCUUGUUACAGCAGACACAACCCUCUUCAGUUUGGUGUACUUUCCAACUCUGAAUCCAGGGCAAAAACAAGGAAAACAGACAGCAGUAGGCGUGUCUCGGAUGGAUUUUUCUGAGGCUGUUGCAGUCAAGUUAUUGUAGUUAUUAAUCUUUGCUGCCCUUGUUUUCCAAGACUAAUCUCAGAUUGAAAGUGUUUGUCUUAACUGGGAAAAGGAAAUACAAAAUAUCUUCUGACACUAAAUAUGUUAAAGGAUCCAAGAAAUGCAAAGUGAGAGAUUUGUCAAGGUAAGUGAGAACUUCAUAGUGUCUGACAGCUCACAUUAAAUACAACACCCUUGGGGGCUUGAUAUUGGUAGUUUUGUGUUAGUUAUGCUUCAGAAGAUGGUAAAAUCAGGAGACCAGUUCAAGAUCUAACACAUCUAAUUCAUCUUAAGUUUUGUCUCCAGAGGAAAAAGUUGGACUCUGCUUUCUCAUGUAUUUUUAUGGUGGUUGUACAGAACCUCAUCACACUUGAAAAACUGCAUUCUGGGAAUUCUAGAUCAUUCUCCUGCUUUUAUUCUUWGGUCAGUAGGUAUUUGAAAGGUGAUGGACCCAAAAAUAUUUUUUUGGCAAUUUUUUUUUUGUUAAUGAUACAUUAAAAAAAUKAAAUACUUAAAUUGCCCCAUUUAUUCAAUUUCUGUGACAUUUCAGCCAAUUUUAUAAUUAUUUACUAUGUGGCUUKUACUGAGAAUGUAUUUUAUAGUAUGUUGUUGUUACUGAGUAAUCAUAUUACGGUUGCAAACAGGAACUGUAGCUAAAGGCCAGCUUCAUUGUACCACACUCCGAAAAUGUUUAGUGUUUCCAUAAAUGAGUUCUCAGGCAUCUAUUCCACAUGACCAGCCCCACUGCACAGGAGAGAUGGAAAAUUUAAUGUUUUUCUCAGAGAAUCUGUCAUCUGUCUCAGAGAAUCAUGUCAUCUGAACAUGAAAUCUUCCAAUGUAUGUAAUUCCCCUUCACCUCUGGGCCCCCUAAUGCAGUGAUUCUUGUAUAGYUCUUAAUUUGUUCCUGGUGAUGUUAUAAAGUUACCUGUACUAUUCCAAAUGUGGGAUGUCUUCCAACAUUAGAAGAAAAGAAAGAGAAGCAUCCAACUGGUUGGUCCAUCUUUGGCAAAUCAAGAGCUGUCUCAUUAACAUAGUAAAAAAGUGAAAAAAAUAAUCCAAUCUUUACAAUGCUGUAUAGGGUUUUUUAAAAAAAUACUUUAAAACUAUUUUUAUUACAAAAAGGUGAAAAUAUUUUUUGUAGCAUAAUAAAAGAUGUUUGUAUUUCAGAGACAUCAAGCUCCACCAAAUGAAACACAGAAGGCUUUUUCCUGAAAUUCAUCUUCACAACAUUUUCUGGCACUCGUCACACACUGAACUAGAUUAUGUUUGGCAGAUGCCAUCUCAAGCACCUUGUGUGUUCCUCCUCUGAGGAACACAGAGCAUAGCCAGCUACUUCCCAUCAAUAUCCUUGAUCCAAGUUGUCUUUCAAGCACACAGCCUAAUAUUUUUUUAAAAUUUAGUUUCUCAGUUGAYGAAGUCAUGCAGAUUUCCUUGGAAAUUUUUUUGAUAUAAGGCCAGGAAUAGAGACAGUUGACUGUUGUCAUAAAACAAAGAGAAAGAAAAUGCAUUAUGUGGCUUUGCUUGCAUUCUGCAAUUCAAAUCCUAUCCCUCUCUCUUCCCAAAUGCCCUAYCAUAGGUUUUCAAACUUGUCAUAUCAUCUCUAGGAUACCCAGAUCAAYACUUCACAGUGUUUCUCCAUUCCUCAUCGUGGGCAGAAUCCAGCCUGGAGUGAAGGGGGAGCUGUGCAUSCAGUGGCAUUGCAGUGUCAGAGUGAGGCAGUGAAUGGUGCUAACAGGAGAAAGGGAAGAACCUGCCUCCCUUGACCUCUUAUUUAAUUAACUAAUUAUGCAAUUAAUUGACUUUGUUGUUGUUGUGUGUGUUCAAGAUGUUGUGCAUAUGCAAGAACCCUUCUUUGUUCAUCUUUUGAUUCAAGUGCUUUUAUUCCAGGUCUGCAUCUUCAUUUGUAAAACACUGACAGUUGAUUACAGAAAUUCUAGUUUCAUUGUCUCCCCACAGCAAAGGGGAGAUUUCCCCUUAGGGCAGAUUUACAGUGAAAUAAUCUCUUCMGCUCUUUCACCUCAGUUUCCUUUAAACCUGGUAGUAGAUAUGGUGGUGGCUAGAUUAGGAUACAGUAUCAACAUCAAUAGAUUUUUUUUUAAUGCAAGUGAAAAAUGGAAGAGGCAAUCUGACAGCUUUCGUUAAUUCUAGUUUUCAGUCGGAGCAAUGAAUACUGGCAAUGGUUUCAGAGUGUCCCUAUGUUUCUCAAAAUGAUUGUCAUGGUGGUAUUAAUGGUAGAGGGAGGGAAGUGGGUUCUCCUGUUUUUUAAAUCCUUUAYCCUAUUAGCAUUAAUCUGAAGAUAAGAGAAUGGAAAUACGUAUUUUAAAUCAUCAGUAGGUCUUCCACCUUGAAGUAGUCUCAUUGACUGUUCAACCACAUCAGAUAUGCAGGAUUUGAUCCAGUAUGAACAUCUGUAUCUUAAUGUUAACAGCUUCAGUAAGUAAGCCUUACAAAUGCUGUCACUUCAGUUUGCAAUCUGUUACAUGAGCAUUCMGUUUCAGUCUGUGCAUGUUCAAAACUUGACUUUUAUGUUCCAGAGAGAUGCAUGGCUGUCACAAGGCAAGAAGUGCAUUGUCCAAACUACAUCUAUUAUCUAAUGGAGAAUUCAUGAGUUUUCUACAGGUCUGACACAGGACUUUUUACACGCAGUCUGCUCAAGUGCCCAUGAACUUUUGAAAGAACUAUAACUGAGGUUUGAGUUCAUAGUCUAGUCUCAGAGAUGGUCAGUGGGAAGGGGAGUGUUUGUUGCGAUUGUGUUUUGUUGUUCUWGUUUCACUGUAACACAUAGUUGACAUACCUCUAGCUGGAAACAAUAUGAMACUGAAUUUGAACAGGAAAAUCGAAACUGAAAUAAGCUAAAAUAUAAACGCACAGGGGAUGAGUUCAACUCAUCCUUCACUAUUAAUCCUUUGAGAAUCUAUGGAAUUUCAGAAGGACAAGUUUCACUGGAGRAUUGUUUAAUUUCUGUUGAAAUUAUAUUUGCCCUGAUUCCAUAGUAAUAUUAAUAGGGCUUCCCAGUCAAGAUUAAACACUUUCAGUCAAAUGCAGACCAAGAGAUCUUUCUACAACAAAUGCGGUGCUUUUUUAUUAUUCUUGUUGUACCUCAAUGUUCRCUAUUAAAAGAUAAAACUACUGCAAUAUACUAAAUCUGGAUAGGUUUUCCAGUUAUCACAAGGUCCAAAAGAUUGGAUUGUUACUUUCUCACUAGUGAGUCAUGUAGUUCUUUUGUUCCAGUAGAAAAACAGAUGCCUGUAGAUAGUAGAUACUAGGUAUAGUAAGUAUUGUACCAUUAGCCAAAUUCCCUGCAGCUUCCGAUUUAUCUAACGGAAAUGUCUGUUACAGUUUUUGUUAAAGACUACRUAAAGUCAGUGGCAGGAAAGGUCCUCAUUAUUGGACUGAUUUUGCUGAUAUUGACAGAAAAAUGUCACAUGAUACUCAGGCUGUGCUUUCUAUUCAACCAUAUCACUAUAGAGGAAUGUCAAUAAAAUCACUUUGUUAUGGCAUUGUGUGG